AUGAGGACUAUUUCCACCAUCAAGGAGCCCGUUAUCACAUCUAUUGUGACUGACACAAUUGCUGUUGAAGUUACAGAAAAUGUUACAGCAAUAAUUACAGGCGUCACACCCAUUACUGAAAUUGAGGAAACUGAAACUUCUAUUACUUUAACAAUUUCCACUAGUGUAGAGCCUGCCCAUACACCCAUAAUUACUGAUACUAGUGCCGUGGAAGUUACACAUAUUAUUUCAACAAUAGUUACUGAGGUCACACCCAUCACUGAAAUUGAGGAAAUCGAAACUUCUACUAUCAGGACUAUUUCCACCAUCAAGGAGCCCGUUAUUACAUCUAUUGUGAUUGAGACAACUACUGUUGAAAUUACAGAAAAUGUUACAGCAAUAAUUACGGACGUCACACCCAUCACUGAAAUUGAGGAGGUUGAAACAUCUACUAUCUUAACAAUUUCCACUAGUGAAGAGCCUGUCUAUAUACCCAUAAUUACUGACACUAGUGUAGUGGAAGUUACACAUAUUAUUUCAACAAUAGUUACUGACCUCACACCCAUCACUGAAAUUGAGGAAAUCGAAACUGCUACUAUCAUGACUAUUUCCACCAUCGAGGUGCCCGUUAUCACAUCUAUUGCGACUGACACAAUUGCUGUUGAAGUUACAGAAAACAUUACAGCAAUAAUUACAGACGUCACACCCAUUACUGAAAUUGAGAAAAUUGAAACAUCUACUACUUUAACAAUUUCCACUAGUGAAGAGCCUGUCUAUAUACCCAUAAUUACUGAUACUAGUGUCGUGGAAGUUACAGAUAUUAUUUCAACAAUAGUUACUGACCUCACUCCCAUCACUGAAAUUGAGGAAAUCGAAACUUCUACUAUCAGGACUAUUUCCACCAUCAAGCAGCCCGUUAUCACAUCUAUUGUGACUGACACAAUUGCUGUUGAAGUUACAGAAAACAUUACAGCAAUAAUUACAGGCGUCACACCCAUCACUGAAAUUGAGGAAACUGAAACAUCUACUACUUUAACAAUUUCCACUAGUGAGGAGCCUGUCCAUACACCCAUAAUUACUGAUACUAGUGUAGUGAAAGUUACACAUAUUAUUUCAACAAUAGUUACUGACCUCACACCCAUCACUGAAAUUGAGGAAAUCAAAACUUCUACUAUCAGGACUAUUUUCACCUUCGAGGAGCCCGUUAUCACAUCUAUUGUGACUGACACAAUUGCUGUUGAAGUUACAGAAAAUGUUACAGCAAUAAUUACAGACGUCACACCCAUCACUGAAAUUGAGGAAAUUGAAACAUCUACUACUUUAACAAUUUACACUAGUGUAGAGCCUGUCCAUACACCCAUAAUUACUGAUACUAGUGUCGUGGAAGUUACAGAUAUUAUUUCAACAAUAGUUACUGAGGUCACACCCAUCACUGAAAUUGAGGAAAUCGAAACUUCUACUAUCAGGACUAUUUCCACCAUCAAGGAGCCCGUUAUUACGUCUAUUGUGACUGAGACUUUUGCUGUUGAAUUUACAAAAAAUGUUACAGUAAUAAUUACAGACGUCACACCCAUCACUGAAAUUGAGGAAACUGAAACAUCUACUACCUUAACAAUUUCCUCUAGUGAAGAGCCUGUCCAUACACCCAUAAUUAUUGACACUAGUUUAGUCAAAGUUACUCAUAUUAUUUCAACAAUAGUUACUGACCUCACACUCACCAUUGAAAUUGAGGAAAUCGAAACUUCUACUAUCAGGACUAUUUUCACCUUCGAGGAGCCCGCUAUCACAUCUAUUGUGACUGACACAACUGCUGUUGAAGUUACAGAAAAUGUUACAGCAAUAAUUACAGACGUCACACCCAUCACUGAAAUUGAGGGAAUUGAAAUAUCUACUACUUUAACAAUUUACACUAGUGAAGAGCCUGUCCAUACACCCAUAAUUACUGAUACUAGUGUAGUGAAAGUUACACAUAUGAUUUCAACAAUAGUUACUGACCACACACCCAUCACUGAAAUUGAGGAAAUCGAAACUUCUACUAUCAGGACUAUUUUCACCUUCGAGGAGCCCGUUAUCACAUCAAUUGUGACUGACACAACUGCUGUUGAAGUUACAGAAAAUGUUACAGCAAUAAUUACAGACGUCACACCCAUCACUGAAAUUGAGGAAAUUGAAAUAUCUACUACUUUAACAAUUUCCACUAGUGAAGAGCUUGUCCAUACACCCAUAAUUACUCAUACUAGUGUAGUGGAAGUUACAGAUAUUAUUUCAACAAUAGUUACUGACCUCACAUCCAUCACUGAAACUGAGGAAAUCGAAACUUCUACUAUCAGGACUAUUUCCACCAUCGAGGUGCCCGUUAUCACAUCUAUUGCGACUGACACAAUUGCUGUUGAAGUUACAGAAAACAUUACAGCAAUAAUUACAGACGUCACACCCAUUACUGAAAUUGAGAAAAUUGAAACAUCUACUACUUUAACAAUUUCCACUAGUGAAGAGCCUGUCCAUACACCCAUAAUUACUGAUACUAGUGUAGUGAAAGUUACACAUAUUAUUUCAACAAUAGUUACUGACCUCACACCCAUCACUGAAAUUGAGGAAAUCAAAACUUCUACUAUCAGGACUAUUUUCACCUUCGAGGAGCCCGUUAUCACAUCUAUUGUGACUGACACAAUUGCUGUUGAAGUUACAGAAAAUGUUACAGCAAUAAUUACAGACGUCACACCCAUCACUGAAAUUGAGGAAAUUGAAACAUCUACUACUUUAACAAUUUACACUAGUGUAGAGCCUGUCCAUACACCCAUAAUUACUGAUACUAGUGUCGUGGAAGUUACAGAUAUUAUUUCAACAAUAGUUACUGAGGUCACACCCAUCACUGAAAUUGAGGAAAUCGAAACUUCUACUAUCAGGACUAUUUCCACCAUCAAGGAGCCCGUUAUUACGUCUAUUGUGACUGAGACUUUUGCUGUUGAAUUUACAAAAAAUGUUACAGUAAUAAUUACAGACGUCACACCCAUCACUGAAAUUGAGGAAACUGAAACAUCUACUACCUUAACAAUUUCCUCUAGUGAAGAGCCUGUCCAUACACCCAUAAUUACUGACACUAGUUUAGUCAAAGUUACUCAUAUUAUUUCAACAAUAGUUACUGACCUCACACUCACCAUUGAAAUUGAGGAAAUCGAAACUUCCACUAUCAGGACUAUUUUCACCUUCGAGGAGCCCGCUAUCACAUCUAUUGUGACUGACACAACUGCUGUUGAAGUUACAGAAAAUGUUACAGCAAUAAUUACAGACGUCACACCCAUCACUGAAAUUGAGGGAAUUGAAAUAUCUACUACUUUAACAAUUUACACUAGUGAAGAGCCUGUCCAUACACCCAUAAUUACUGAUACUAGUGUAGUGAAAGUUACACAUAUGAUUUCAACAAUAGUUACUGACCUCACACCCAUCACUGAAAUUGAGGAAAUCGAAACUUCUACUAUCAGGACUAUUUUCACCUUCGAGGAGCCCGUUAUCACAUCAAUUGUGACUGACACAACUGCUGUUGAAGUUACAGAAAAUGUUACAGCAAUAAUUACAGACGUCACACCCAUCACUGAAAUUGAGGAAAUUGAAAUAUCUACUACUUUAACAAUUUCCACUAGUGAAGAGCUUGUCCAUACACCCAUAAUUACUCAUACUAGUGUAGUGGAAGUUACAGAUAUUAUUUCAACAAUAGUUACUGACCUCACACCCAUCACUGAAACUGAGGAAAUCGAAACUUCUACUAUCGGGACUAUUCCCACCAUCGAGGAGCCCGUUAUCACAUCUGUUGUGACUGACACAAUUGCUGUUGAAGUUACAGAAAAUAUUACAGCAAUAAUUACAGACGUUACACCCAUCACUGAAAUUGAGGAAAUUGUAACAUCUAUUACUUUAACAAUUUCCUCUAGUGUAGAGCCUGUCCAUACACCCAUAAUUACUGAUACUAGUGUCGUGGAAGUUACAGAUAUUAUUUCAACAAUAGUUACUGAGGUCACACCCAUCACUGAAAUUGAGGAAAUCGAAACUUCAACUAUCAGGACUAUUUCCACCAUCAAGGAGCCCGUUAUCACAUCUAUUGUGAUUGAGACAACUGCUGUUGAAGUUACAGAAAAUGUUACAGCAAUAAUUACAGACGUCACACCCAUCACUGAAAUUGAGGAAAUUGAAACAUCUACUACUUUAACAAUUUCCACUAGUGAAGAUUCUGUCCAUACACCCAUAAUUACUGAUACUACUGUUAUGGAACUUACAGAUCGUAUUUCAACAAUAGUUACUGUUCUCACACCCAUUACUGAAAUUGGGGAAAUAGAUACAUCCACUAUCAGGACUAUUUCCACUACCAUUCACACUGAAGAAGUAACUGAUACAACAAUCGUCGAAAUUACGAAGUUGACAACGGCAAUUAUUCCAGAAAUCACUCCAGUAAGUAAAUCUGAAGAACUUCACACUACCAUCGUUGAAGAGAUAUCCAUAUGCACAGUAUCAAUUGAUAUAACAACGGAAAUUGAGACCACAAGAGUAGAAACAACACUAAUAAUUCCGGAAAUCACAUCCCUAAGUAGUUCUGAAGAAGCUGCACCAACAAGCAUUGCAAUGAUUCAUACAACUGAAGAUAUUAUUCAUACUGAAGUCUUUAAUGACACCUCAAGUGUUGAAGAUACAGAAUUUACGUCUGAAUUAGCUCCGAAAAUCACAUCCCUUAGUAGUUCUAAAGAAGUUACGCCAACAACCGUUAAAGUAAUUCUUACAUCUGAAAAAACCAUUCACACUGAAGAAGUAAGUGUCGUUAUUACGAAGUUGACAACAAGAAUUAUUCCGGAAAUUACUUCAGUAAGUAAAUCUGAAGAUCUUCACACUACCAUCGUCGAAGAGACUUCCACAAGCUCAGUACCAAUUGGUAUAACAGUGUUAACUGAGAUCACAAGACUAGAAACAACAGAAGAGGCAACUCUAAUAAUUCCGGAAGUCACAUCCAUGACUAGUUCUAAAGAAGUUACACCAACAUCCGCUGAAGUGAUUCUUACAUCUGAAGAGACCAUUCACACUGAAGAUGUAACUAACAUGACAAUGGUUGAAAUUACGAAGUUGACAACGGCAAUUAUUCCGGAAAUCACUUCAGCAAGUAAAUCUGAAGAACUUUACACUACCAUCGUAGAAGAGACUUCCACAAGCGUAGUACCAAUUGAUAUAACAACGGUAACUGACACCACAAGAGUAGAAACAACAGAAGAAGCAACACUAAUAAUUUCGGAAAUCACAUCCAUGACUAGUUCUAAAAAAGUUACAUCAACAUCCGUUGAAGUGAUAUCUACAUCUGAAGAGACCAUUCACACUGAAGAUGUAACUAACAUGACAGUAGUUGAAAUUUCGAAGUUGACAUCGGAAAUUAUUCCGGAAAUCACUUCUGUAAGUAUAACUGAGGAACUUCACAUAAGUGCAGUACCAACUGAUAUUACAAUGGUCACUGAAACCGCAAAAGUAGAAACAACAGAAGAAGCAACACUAAUAAUUCCGGAAAUCACAUCCAUGACUAGUUCUAAAAAAGUUACUUCAACAUCCGUUGAAGUGAUAUCUACAUCUGAAGAGACCAUUCACACUGAAAAAAUCACUUCAGUAAGUAAAUCUGAAGAUCUUCACACUACCAUCGUCGAAGAGACUUCCACAAGCUCAGUACCAAUGGGUAUAACGGUGUUAACUGAGAUCACAAGACUAGAAACAACAGAAGAGGCCACUCUAAUAAUUCCGGAAAUCACUUCCAUGACUAGUUCUAAAGAAGUUACGGCAACAUCCGCUGAAGUGAUUCUUACAUCUGAAGAGACCAUUCACACUGGGGAUGUAACUAACAUUACGGUAGUUGAAAUUUCGAAGUUGACAUCGGAAAUUAUUCCGGAAAUCACUUCUGUAAGUAUAACUGAGGAACUUCACAUAAGCGCAGUGCCAACUGAUAUUACAAUGGUCACUCAAACCACAAAAGUAGAAACAACAGAAGAAGCAACACUAAUAAUUCCGGAAAUCACAUCCAUGACUAGUUCUAAAAAAGUUACAUCAACAUCCGUGGAAGUGAUAUCUACAUCUGAAGAGACCAUACACACUGAAAAAGUCACUUCAGUAAGUAAAUCUAAAGAUCUUCGCACUACCAUCGUCGAAGAGACUUCCACAAGCUCAGUACCAAUUGGUAUGACAUUGUUAACUGAGAUCACAAGACUAGAAACAAUAGAAGAGGUAACUCUAAUAGUUCCGGAAAGCACUUCCAUGACUAGUUCUAAAGAAGUUACACCAACAUCCUCUGAAGUGAUUCUUACGUCUGAAGAGACCAUUCACACUGGGGAUGUAACUAACAUAACAGUCGUUGAAAUUUCGAAGUUGACAUCGGAAAUUAUUCCGGAAAUCACUUCAGCAACUAAAACUGAGGAACUUCACAUAAGCGCAGUACCAACUGAUAUUACAAUGGUCACUGAAACCUCAAGAGUAGAAACAACAGAAGAAGCAACACUAAUAAUUCCAGAAAUCACAUCCAUGACUAGUUCUAAAAAAGUUACACCAACAUCCGUUGAAGUGAUAUCUACAUCUGAAGAGACCAUUCACACUGAAAAAAUCACUUCAGUAAGUAAAUCUGAAGAUCUUCACACUACCAUCGUCGAAGAGACUUCCACAAGCUCAGUACCAAUUGGUAUGACAUUGUUAACUGAGAUCACAAGACUAGAAACAACAGAAGAGGUAACUCUAAUAGUUCCGGAAGGCACUUCCAUGACUAGUUCUAAAGAAGUUACACCAACAUCCGCUGAAGUGAUUCUUACGUCUGAAGAGACCAUUCACACUGGGGAUGUAACUAACAUAACAGUAGUUGAAAUUUCGAAGUUGACAUCGGAAAUUAUUCCGGAAAUCACUUCUGUAAGUAUAACUGAGGAACUUCACAUAAGCGCAGUACCAACUGAUAUUACAAUGGUCACUGAAACCACAAGAGUAGAAACAACAGAAGAAGCAACACUAAUAAUUCCGGAAAUCAUAUCCAUGACUAGUUCUAAAAAAGUUACAUCAACAUCCGUUGAAGUGAUAUCUACAUCUGAAGAGACCAUUCACACUGAAAAAAUCACUUCAGUAAGUAAAUCUGAAGAUCUUCACACUACCAUCGUCGAAGAGACUUCCACAAGCUCAGUACCAAUUGAUAUAACAGUGUUAACUGAGAUCACAAGACUAGAAACAACAGAAGAGGCAACUCUAAUAAUUCCGGAAGUCACAUCCAUGACUAGUUCUAAAGAAGUUACACCAACAUCCGCUGAAGUGAUUCUUACAUCUGAAGAGAUCAUUCACACUGGAGAUGUAACUAACAUUACAGUAGUUGAAAUUUCGAAGUUGACAUCGAAAAUUAUUCCGGAAAUCACUUCUGUAAGUAUAACUGAGGAACUUCACAUAAGCACAGUACCAACUGAUAUUACAAUGGUCACUGAAACCACAAAAAUAGAAACAACAGAAGAAGCAACACUAAUAAUUCCGGAAAUCACAUCCAUGACUAGUUCUAAAAAAGUUACACCAACAUCCGUGGAAGUGAUAUCUACAUCUGAAGAGAUCAUUCACACUGAAAAAAUCACUUCAGUAAGUAAAUCUGAAGAUCUUCACACUACCAUCGUCGAAAAGACUUCCACAAGCUCAGUACCAAUGGGUAUAACAGUGUUAACUGAGAUCACAAGACUAGAAACAACAGAAGAGGCCACUCUAAUAAUUCCGGAAAUCACAUCCAUGACUAGUUCUAAAGAAGUUACAUCAACAUCCGCUGAAGUGAUUCCUACAUCUGAAGGGACCAUUCACACUGGAGAUGUAACUAACAUGACAAUGGUUGAAAUUACGAAGUUGACAACAGCAAUUGUUCCGGAAAUUACUUCAGCAGGUGAAUCUGUAGAACUUUACACUACCAUCGUCGAAGAGACUUCCACAAGCGCAGUACCAAUUGAUAUAACAACGGUAACUGACACCACAAGAGUAGAAGUAACACUAAUAACUCCGGAAAUCACAUACGUGACCAUUUCUAAAGAAGUUACUCCAACAUCUGCUGAAGUGAUUUCUACAUCUGGCGACAUCAUUCACACUGAAGAAGUAACUGAUACAAUAGGCAUCGAAAUUACGAAGUUGACUACAGCAAGUAUUCUGGAUAUCAUUUCAGUAAGUAAAUCUGAAGAAUUUCAUACCACCAUCGUCGAAGAGAUUUCCACCAGCACAGUACCUUUGGAUAUAACAGAGGUCACAAGACUAGAAACUACAGAAGAAGCAACUCUAAUAAUUCCGGAACUCACAUUCAUGAGUAGUUCUAAAGAAGUUACACCAACAUCCGCUGAAGUGAUACCUACAUCUGAAGAGAUCAUUCACACAGAAGUCGUUAGUGACACAUCUAUAUCUGAAGAAGUUUCACCAACAACCCUUAAAGUGAUUCUAACAUCUGAAGAGACUAAGAAAGUAACUGACACAACAAGCAUUGAAGGUGUGGCAAGUGACAAAACUAUAGAGUUUACAAAGGACCUUCCAGCAACCACUUUGGAUGCAACAGUGUUAAGUGUGAUGGACGAACUUGGACCAACUGGGCCUUCAACGAGUCAAAUGUAUGUCACUCCAUUGAAGCUUCCAUCAACUGCAAAAGGGACACACCUAACAUCGGAUUCACCAGAUAAUCGUACACUAAUCACUGAGUAA